UCUGGCUGUUGGUAGAAGACGUCAAACGUUUCGCAGUUUGAGGGAAGGCGCAGGCCGAGCAGGAGGCGUUCCACUCAUUCACUUGGAGUUCUUUCAUUGAACCCUUUGCCAACUCUUCGUUCUACAAACAUCGAUCUACAAAAUGAUUCGUUUCAUUCUCAUUCAAAACAGAGCUGGCAAGACUCGAUUGGCGAAGUGGUACAUGAACUUUGAUGAUGACGAGAAGCAGAAGCUUAUCGAAGAGGUGCAUGCAGUUGUCACAGUCAGAGAUGCAAAACAUACCAAUUUCGUUGAGUUCCGCAACUUCAAGAUAGUGUACAGGAGGUACGCAGGUCUAUACUUCUGCAUUUGUGUUGACGUAAAUGAUAAUAAUUUAUGUUACCUGGAAGCAAUCCACAAUUUUGUGGAGGUUCUGAAUGAAUACUUCCACAACGUCUGUGAGCUUGACCUUGUUUUUAACUUCUAUAAGGUUUACACAGUGGUUGAUGAGAUGUUUCUGGCUGGAGAGAUCAGAGAAACCAGUCAAACAAAAGUUUUAAAACAGCUGCUAAUGUUAAAUUCAUUAGAAUAAAUCUCACAAAUUAAAGCAUUAAUUAUUAAUAUAAGUGCAAUAUUCUGAAAAAUGCCAUAUCCAAACCAAAAUUAUUUUUGAUCUGCAUUGUAUGUAACUGUACUUCACUCAUGUUUGAAUGGCCAUUUUAGCUUCGUCAGUUAUGUCAUAGUUACUUGUAUGUGUGUGAAUCCAAGCGAGUAUGAUCACAAUCAUUUCAAAAGAAAGUAGGUGCUUUUCACGAGUUAAAAUAAAUAUUAUAUGGAUCUACUAUGUGUGAAUAUUAAUCUUCAUGCUGCUUUUGUUAUGGAUUUUGAAAUGAUCCUUGUUAUAUAUUAUCUUUCCUUCUUUAGCAUUCCAUAUUUUUAGGAUGUUAGGAAAUUUUCUUGAAAUUUGUUAAUGUUCAUUACAGUGACCAUUUUCAUGUAUUUCUCAAAUGUCAUUAUUUUAAAAGUGUUCAAGUACUCUGUGCUUUGAAAUGUGUUUAUGCACAGUGUUUCCAGUGAUUCAUAUACUUUUUGAAUGAAUGUGUUCUUUUUUUUUUUUUUUUUUUUUUUUGUUAGUGCCUGAUGUAAACAGAAGUAUUCUCCUGCUCUCAUGCUGCUAUUGUAAUCGAGUUGUUGGAGGGAAUUGUUAUUUAAUUGAGUGUAAAUAUACAAAAAAAUAUAAG